GCCUUCCUGAAACAACGGGCAGCAGGCUGCCGCGCAUGCGCCGUCGCCGAGGAGAAGCCUGAGGCCUACCAUGGCGCCGUCGAGGGAAGCAGGCCCGGCUUGCCUCGUCCGCUCGGCCCAGAAGGACGAGCUCUACCGGGCAGCGCUGAGGAGCGGCGCCGGGGCCUCUCUGGGAAGCCUGGCCGGUGCCAAAACGUGGCUGGCGUGGCAGAAGGAGAUCGAGCUGCUUGCUGACGUGGCCUAUUUUACUCUUACGACGCUUUCAGGUUACCAAACUCUCGGGGAAGAAUAUGUCGGUAUUAUUCAAGUGGACCCCUCGGGACGGCGAGUCCCUUCGGCGCUUCGCCGGGUUGCUUUGAUCGCCCUGCACGCGGUCUUGCCGUACGCGUUGGACAAAGGACUGAUGCACCUCGAGCAUGAGUUAGAGGCCGAAUUGGACGGGACGAGGCCUUUAAGCUGGUGGCGACGGAGGACUUAUGUGCAGGGUUGGGUGCAGCAAUGGCUUGGCACGUUGACCGAACAGCAGAGGAAACUCCUCGGGCAGUGCGUUUACGUCCUCAAGCAAGGCCUCCCACUCCUGCGCAGGCUGCACUUGGCCGUCUUUUACAUCAACGGUCUCUUCUAUCACCUGUCGAAGAGGAUGACGGGAAUCACGUAUCUUCGCUACAUGGGUUUGGCCGAAGACCAGAGCUUCCGGUCCAGCUACAGGUUCCUCGGGAUCGUCUCCCUGCUUCACCUGGCCCUGACGGUCGGCAUGCACACGUAUCGGUUCCAACGGAUGAAACGGGCACGGGACGAAUGGAAGCUGCAUCGCCACAUCUCCUAUCAAAGGACUCAGUCUGAGGAGAGGCUUCUUAACCGCAGCUCUUACUGUACGCUGUGCUUAGAGGAACGGCAACAUACCACAGCCACGCCGUGCGGACACCUCUUCUGCUGGGAAUGCAUCACUCACUGGUGCAACACAAAGGCCGAGUGCCCGCUGUGUAGAGAGAAAUUCCGUCCACAGAAGUUGAUUUAUUUGCGACACUAUCAAUGAGAACGCUGAGCCGGACGGUCAGGUGAAGGCUUCAGAGCUGGCAAUCGUACAACUUCGGACCAAUAAACUUUAUUUUCAUGUUAAAUUCCCGAAAUAAAACUGUGCAGCCAAACGCU